AUUUGGGCAACGGGCUAGGUUGUCAGAACUGCAGGACGGCCGGCGUGGACAGUUGUAAUUUUUUCAGGGUCGGAUCCUUAGAAGUCAAUAUGAACCAGCACGUCACGAAUUUGGCCGGCAGCUACAUCUCGCACAGCCCUAGCGACAGACUGCAGUACCUUAACACGCAGCAUGGAUAUUCUUUCCCACAGCAUCCGUCUUUGAGCGUGCAGACCAGGAAUCUGCCUUCCGGUGGUUACUAUCCGGGUGACGGCCAGUUCGAGACGGAGUCCCAUGGCGAGAACUACAUGAUCUCGUCUCCGGCAACUCCAAUUGCGCCACACGACCCUUACGGGACAUGCAGUCUGCACGACGGCGCGCGCAGUUGGUCCGUUGCCAACGGUCGAUUCAUGCCACCGUACUAUCCCCGGUACGGCGCACACGAGAACAAUUCGUAUUCGCACGAACCGAUUGCAGGCUCUCGAAGACCGUCAGCAGCAGAGGGACCCGGCCCAUUUUCAACCGCUGCGCUCGUCAUGUCUCUUCCAAGUCCCAAUUCAGUCGUCGGUGACAGGGAACUUCCACUUCCCCACGGAGGAUCACGCGUGCAGCUUCAGACACCCACAUACGACGGCGUGCAGAACCGAGGGGGCAUUUUGGCUGAGAACUUUGCGCAGGCAGGCUACAACAAGACGGCCCAACGCUGGAAGGCGGGACAGACGACGCCGGCUGUGCGGGACGGGUCUCUUACAAGCUCGCGCUGCGGCAACGUCGCCGCGUCCGCACCGCAAAAGUCGUCGACAACGCCGUCCACGGCUUCGGACGGUUCCAGCGCGACGCUCCUGGCAUCCGCGAGCCCGGGAUCCUGCGUCUCCCCUACGACUGGGACGACGGCCGAGCAUGCGACGGCCGGGAGCGCUCUCGUGCGCCAAAGCCCGAUGGGCAUCGACCAUCCGUUCUUCUCGAUCCCCACCGCUUCGACCAGCGAACCCCGCCUGUCCGGGCCGGGUAGCAACUUCAGCUCGUUCAGUAUAGCGAAACGACAGCCGUCCGGCAGCGAGAUUCCGUCGAGCACCGACGAGCGGCAGAUGGACAUUCAGCAGUACGUGCCGCUGUCUUAUCCGUCAGACACCGACAGCCGCGGAGGCCCGCUAAGUUCCUUCAGGCAUGACAGCGUGGACGGUCGAGCUCACGAGUUACCACAUCGCAGUUCGAUGCCGAUCGUCAGCCCGGACUCGUAG